UGAAAAUAUAAAGUUCCUAAAUUGAAGUCUCGCCUUUCGCCACUCCUCGCCGUCGAGUACUCGAGAAACCAGACAGAUAAAGAUGCCGGGGCCAGAGACAGUGGACCCUUCAUCUCAGCCGUUAGCCACCGUUAAAGAAAAUACGAGUUCCAGUCGGUUUUUCGUUAUCAUUUGUACGGGUGGGAAGUGGGAGUGGGAGACCGGUGAUGAACAACCAAAAUACGUUAGGAGUUUUGGUAACAACUUUGGAGUGCAUUUUUCUAGGAAUAUCAAUUAUGCCGAUUUCCUACAAUUGGUUAAGAAAAAGGUCGGUUUAUCAGAUAUAUCAAAUAUCACUUUGGCUUUUAAACAUCCUGAAAUGCUCUAUGUUAUGGACAUGGUUGACGAUGAUGAUAUUUGUCACCUGAUGAAUGUGCUUCAAAGUGUUACAAAGACCGUUAAUGUUUAUGUGGUUGAACUUGAACGCGAUGUUUCUAAACAAUCCACCAAGAAAGAGAAAAUCUCAGACGAGAAGAAAUCUAGCAAAAAGGAUCAGAGCAACAAUCAAGUAGAAGUAGGAAUGCAACAACAAUCGUACAAACGUCUUCUGAAUGAACAGGUUCAAAGGCUAAGGAAACAAGCCCCAAUAUAUCAAACUAACAAUGAAGGAGCUGAACAUCAACCAAAAUUCAGAACUACCAUUUGGUUUGAUGGUGUGAGCUAUACAUCUCCAAACACAUUUACACACUGUAAGCUGGCCGAGGAAGAUUCUUCUAAAAUCACACUUUUUGCUAUAAUACAGAAGCUAAAAGACGAAGCAUUGAAUCAUCUUCGUGAGGAUAAAGGUUUCUGCAAGGCUAUUCUUGCGGAAUAUGCUGUGAGGAUGGAUAUACAGAGACCCACUUAUCAGACGACUCAAUCGUGCUCAUCAGUUCCAGUUUUUCAUUCUUCUUUGGUUUUUUUUGAUGAUGCUUCUUUUACUGGAGAUAACUGUCUCACCAAGAAGAAAGCUGAACAGUCUGCAGCAUAUGCUGUUAUUUUGAAAUAUAUAGAGUCUGAAACAGGAAGCAUUUUGUCAGAGAUAAUCAAGUCUAAGUUCAGUCAUUCUGUAACAAAGGAGAUUCAAGUUGAUCAGAGUGACACCAAUGUGGUAAAUAUUCCUGUUGCAUUGAAUGAGGCAAAAAGCGAUGAAGGAACCAAAACACCCCACACAGAGCCUUUAUAUACUCAAGAAACACCAACUACUCCUGCAGUGAAUCCACCUGUAGACAUAACUCAAACACAUGUUAACUAAAGUGCCUUCACUUAAAAAUAAAAUCUGUAGCUAAUAUGUUCCUAGGAACAGUAGCGACAACAUGGUAAAUGUUAAUCUAUAUAAUAGAG